AUGCCUACUGUUACUACCCGCUCAGGUCAUUAUGUCAAGCAUCCCCCUCUGCCUGAUGAACCCAAGACUUGCAGCAAGGCAGUGGACAUUCAUACUGAGUCUGAUGCAGACACCAUCCAGGCAAGUAUUUUUUUUUUCAAAUCCAUCCAGCCUCGAAAACACCCCCACCCUCGUCGUCGCCCUGGGCCUAAGAGUGUUAUGGUCGACAACAACAACAAUGACAACAAUCCACAAGAGUCAUCUAUAACUCGUCGUCAUCCCCCACCCAAGCCUUGUCCGCUUGCAUGGUCCAAAUGUUCUGGCCCCAUGACCUCAUCUGCUGAGGAGGGGAUUUUUGAGGCCAGUUUCUCAAGGCACUCAUCAGUGAUUCCAAAGACCCCUGAUGUUGCUACAGAUCAACAAUCCUGCCUGUCUCAUGUUCAACUUGCUGAUGGCACUUCAUUGACAUGUGCCGAAUUCGCCUCCCUUGCAGAUGAAGAAAUAUGCACCGACACCCAAGAUGGCAAUAUAGAAACAACUCCUGCAUUGGUUACUGAAGCACACAGCACUACUGUGAGCAAGGAUCCAAAUCCUGCCUCUGAAGUUCAAUCAAAUGACCCCAAUGGUGGGACUUCAGCUACUCCUACUGAGUCAUACAACACAGGGCAUGGAAGCAAGGAUCAUGGCAAGGAUACUUCAGCUGCCCAUGCUGAGUCACACAGCGCAGAGGAUGGUGGAAAUAAUUCUGCUAUUCCUGCUACUGGCCGCCCAUGUAGGUCAUGUGGUGUCACAUCAUAUGCACCUGAUCGUAAUGAUGGUGAAGAGAGCUCUCCAUCUGACAGUGACUGGGCUGCCGACCAAGAGCUGUGCAAGAAAGCACAACGAGCUGCUGUUGAUGCUGCUGCGAACGAUGGUGACAAUGACGAUGGUUCCCCUGCAAGCAACCCCCCAUCUCCAUCUCAGUUGACAGCCAGACAAAAGCAAAAGUCCAAGGUGAUGGUGGACGUCAAUGAACACAAUGACAGCAAAGAUGAGGAUGAUAAAGACUUUGUGAAGAUCAAAGGGAGAAUACCUCAAGCAGGUAUCUCGAAGGCACAGGAGCUUGGAAAGAAUAUGAUGGAAGCCGCCAGAGCAAUCGGAAAAGAAUAUGGGAAAAGUGCAAGGACAAUCCUCAUCGAAGCUGGGUUGAUGAUGAAGGCAACCUGGAAGGAGUCUCCGUGGAACCAACAUCAGAUGUGGUUUGCAGUCACCUGCCCCCCGCCUAAAGGAGUAUUGGGAGCUGUGUCGCCAGCAGAUCUUAAGGCUUGGAAGCACUCAUCAGUGUGGAAGGAGAUCCUGGAGAACUGGGAUCGUGCUGUCAUGGUGAAGCUGCUAUUCGACCCUAAAGGGUUUCUGGACCAGGCUCAAGGCUCAGAGGAGAGGAAAUAUCAUGAAAACUUGCUGAUCUCUCAGACUUAUACUGCGGGUUCAACCGAGGACCUUACAUCACGAUCUGCUGCAGGUCUGAUGAUGGCUGUUCGUGAUGCUUUCACAAAAUCGGCUGCAUACUGGCAUCGCACCCAUGGCAUUCACAUUGCUGGUGUGGCAAUAUUCCCUGGUGACAAAGAGGCAGGCUGCCAAGCAUCAGGACUGUUCGCCAGCUCUGACAUGGUCAAGGCCCUCAUCAACUCACACCAACUGGAUAUCAAGUGUUGGCUAGAUGAGCUCACCACAAUCCUUAAGUACAAAGACUUGGAGGCCACUGUAGAGACUAAUAUCUCUGUGGCCUUGCAGCCAUCUAAAUUCCCAUCAUCCCAAUCAAUUCCUAAUAUAGCAUGA